AUGCCUCGACUAAAUUUCGAUGUUCAGGUCAUGAGAGAAGCUGCUCUCUCUCUUCAAUCAGCAUUACACACCCUCCAGUCCAACUCUGCGACCAAUACCCUCUUACCGCAGUCAAACAACGAAACAACCUCUGCCCUCGAUCGACUCCACACUCUAUCCCAAACACACUCAAACAUGACAGCCGCGUACGAGUUGCUCAAAAAGGCCGAAGCUUCUGAAUUCGACGCUGCUGCAGACCGGUUGGCCGCAUCAACCACGUCGCUUCAGGUCUUUGAGGGUACAUCGGAAUACGAAAAUGCCAAGGCUCUCAUGGUCAGCUUACAGAACCAGCUUGAGGCAGGGUUGAGCACUGCGGUUGUGAAUGCCGUCAACAGGAUGGACUUUGAGACGUGUAAGCGGUACUACCUCAUCUUUGGUCGUAUCCAGCGAGAAUCCGAGUUCAAGUACUACUAUAACGGAAUCCGACGCGCGUCUCUGAUCAAGCUCUGGUCAAGUCAUGGCGAAGACACGGCAACGGAAUUAUCCUUCUCAGACUUUUUCUCCAAGUUCUUCUCAGAGUUUCUCGCCCUCGUUCAUGCGGAGCGACAAAACAUGCUCAAGGUGUACCCAGACGCACAAGACUGUCUUGGAGAGUUCAUUCUGACAACUGUAGAGGCGCUCUCCCCUUCCAUCUCCCAACGCCUUGAAACGCAGCGCGAGCCCGACGGAUUGGUGGCGUUGAUCUCCGCUCUGGGCACAGUCCAAGAGUUCGUUUCUUCAGCAAGCAAGACUCUCGAAGCCAUGCUCCUAUUCUCCCCCGGGUUGAGCACAGUCGGCGGAACAACUCCCGCCGCAACUAAAUCCAAUUCCCUUCUCCGCAAACCCUCUCAUUCGCGACGCACAUCCAAACGGUUUUCCAUCUCUCAGCGCGAUAGUGCUCCCAAACUUUCCAGAUCGGGCACCGGCGAAUCGCUCGAAACAGAGUCUAUACCCGCAUGGGAGGUGUCCCUUCUCGAGCCCUUCCUCGAGCACCAGUCCGACUAUGGGCAACUCGAACUCAAGUACCUGCACCACGUUCUUCUUGAAAAAUCUCAAAAGAGACAGACGACGGAUGGCGCAAAGCGAUUCCACGACAUGACGACCGACGCGUUUGGACUGGCCGAAGACGCGAUCCCUAGGUGUUUGGCAUUUACCCAUACGUACGGGAUAAAAGAUCUACUAGGAGCCGUCGAUGAAUUUUGCAAAGACGUCGUGGAGGGGUGUCGGACCAGCUGUAUUCCCUCAUCCAGCUCAACUUCAAGUGCGAACUCGAUGGCGAAUGCCGCUAACACUGCUACCACUACUACUGCAUCGGUUCCGGACGAAGACCUGACUAUACCGCCGAAGACUGGUCCGCUUUCCAACUCGCGCUCAGGCUACUCGAAGGCUAGCCCAACAACACCUCCUGGCGCACUCGCCGCUCAACACUACCGAGAACCAAAAUAUCCUUAUUCAAUGGGACGCGGGGAAUUGAACACCCCGCUGCUGAUCCGAGCACGAAAAGCCCAGUUGGAGUUUACGCAGGCGUGUCAAACCUUGGUCCGGGACACGAUUCUUUCCCCGCUUAGGAUUCGUCUCUCGGGAUACGCGCUGCUGGGCGAGUGGACAGAGGUAGACCAUACCCAACCUGGGACACUCAAAUUGCCGAAAUUCAGCACUUCAGCUACAUCGACGAUCCAGAGCGUCGCAGAAGGUCUACUCAACCUUCCCCGUCUGUUCGAAGUGUAUGCGGACGACAAUGCACUUGCGUUUUCGCUAUCUACUCUCCCGUUUGUUGGUAGUGGUGGUGGUCGUGAUGUUGGUGACCGUAUUGGUGGUGGUGCAGAACAGAACCAGACCACGGGAAUUCAAGAAGAGAGCCAGAAUGCGGAAGAGCACAAUGCGGAAAUCGUUACGAGCACACCAGAUUUUACCGGAGAUUACUGCCUUGACUCCCCUGGGAGCGAGACAACUCGGGUCGGAUCUGGAGUACUUGUCGAACGUGGUCAGACGUUGGGCGUGGAGCCUGAAGUGUUGGAGCAAUGGAGGGCUGUAGUUGAAUUGCCUGACGAAGAAGGCAUUGCGAGGGUUAAAGAGGGUAAAGAGGUAGAUGGUGUGUUUGGAAAAGUGGCGAGUUUGAGGGGAUGGGUCGGAGAGUAG